AUGUCUGCUCCAUCUCCCCAAACCGAACGAGUCGGUCCAUCUACCUUGAUUACUGUCAAGGUGGUUUACAAUGAUAAUACUCGACGGUUUAAAGUCCCUUUGAGAGAUCUCGGGGCCCAUGUUCUUCCCCAGAAGCUCCGACUGCUCCUUGGCGUCCCGGCGGAUGUCAACGUCAUCUUUGAACGCUAUUCCGACAGCGCCGGCUGCUUCGUUCGUCUGGACUCUGAGAACGUGGCGGUCUACAAGCAACUUUACCGCGCCGCCAAAGCCAAAUUGAAAAUCCGUAUCAAAGCUACUGCGGAGAACGACACCUCAUCCCAGCCAGCACCACAAGACAACUUCGCAGAGGAACCAAGCCCGGCGAGAUAUAGUUAUCUGGAAACAGUUUUGAGCUCUCCACUCCCUGUAGCUCAAGACGAAACCAUGCCCAGCACCGCUUCUAGCUCGUCCCCAAGUCAAAAUGACACUAACCAGGCUGCUCUAGCCGACUCCCACCCUCGCUACAGGGACUUUAUGUUGAGCCAGGACAACCUCAGCCUCCCAGUUGUGUCGCAUAAGUCUCCCAGUGGAUUGUUCUGUAUUGACUGCAACCAUUGUGGUCGCUCUAUCCCCAACGAGCACUACCACUGCAGCAUCUGCGCGGAUGGCGACUACGACUUGUGCCUGCAGUGUGUCGACGCAGGAGUUUCAUGCCAGGGUAAGGAGCAUUGGUUGAUCAAGCGACUCGUCGACGACGGCGUGGUCACCAACAGUACCACCGAAAUGUUUGUUUCCCGGAAGCCUCAGACUCAGGAGACUGAGAAGCCUAUUUCCGAGCCUGUCCCCGAGCCUGUUUCGGAAAAGGCCUCGGAAUUCCCCGCAGCACCCUUUCCCAAGGUUGAAGAGCGCAUCUGCAACUCCUGUCUCAAAGAUUUUGAUGAAACCAAAAUCGUCACGUGUGGUGACUGUGAGGACUAUGAUCUCUGCAUCACUUGUCUCCUUAAGGAUCAGCAUGGUCAUCAUCCUGGCCACACAUUUUCGCUCCUCUGCGAUCGCAAGUUCUGCUUGAAGGGUCUGGUUAUGGCCCGCUGCAGUCCAGGCCGCCGCCAUCAACAUGCGGCCAUUUGCGACGGCUGUGAAUCCGGCAUUGUUGGCGUGCGUCACAAAUGCCUGACUUGCCCUGAUUGGGACUACUGUUCGGAAUGUGUGACAAACUCCUCGCAAAAUCAUCCAGGCCAUCGGUUUGUUCCUAUCUUCGACACAAUUUCCGAGCCUCCUCAGCAGCAUGAAGUCCACUAUGGCAUCCUCUGUGAUGGCCCCCUUUGCAAGAACAGACCCGCCCCUGGAUACAUUUAUGGCACUCGCUACAAGUGCUCCGUGUGUUAUGAUACCGAUUUCUGUGCGAAAUGCGAGGCACUUCCAAAUAACACGCACAACCGCACUCACCCGAUGGUCAUGUUUAAGACACCCGUUCGCAGUGUGACUGUAAGCACCGUGAAUGAGACUGGCCCUGCCGGUUCGUCGGUUGUGCUGGGUGAUCCAGUCCAAAAGUCUACCUCCACACAGGUUUAUGCUCCAGUCGAAAAGGAAGUGCCAGAAGAGCCAAGAACGGUGGCGGUUGAGCCAAGCAUGCCAGUGGAAAAAGCUGCCCCGGUACAGGAAAAAGAGAAGCCAAAUCAACCCAAGGCCAUGCCGGUCUCGGAACAGUCAACCGACUACCAGGCUUUCUUCAUUCGGGAUACCGUUCGUGAUGGGAGCAUACUACCCCCGAACCAUGUGUUCCAGCAGACGUGGACGCUCUACAAUCCGGGACCUCUUGCAUGGCCCGCCGAUAGUGAAGUACGUUUCGUAGGCGGUGACUCCAUGUUCAAUGUGGACACGGAGCACCCCUCCAGCCUUGCAUCAAUCACGGCUGCGAUGAAGAGCAACGGGCUGUCGGCUCCUUUGGAACCUGGACAGAGUGCUGAUUUUACCGUAACACUCAAGACACCCAACCGGCUGGGGGUUGCAAUUUCAUAUUGGCGACUCAAACUCUCGGAUGGCAUGCCUUUUGGACAUCGUCUCUGGUGUGAUGUUCAGGUGCAGACUGAUGCACCUGCCCCUACCGCUGUUGAACCUGAAAAGAAGGAGACCCAAGAAACUCCCAAGACCCAGGAGGCUGAAACCAGUCGAAGCUGUAUGAUCUUCCCUACAUUGGACAAAGAAUCUCCCGUAACGAGCACUCACGAAGCGAUGGAAGGUGCGCCAUCCGCUCCGUCUGUGACCAACCCAUCCGAGGGAGACAUUUUCGAGGACGUCGAGAGCCUCACCCUCGAGGACAACGACACGGAAGCUGGUUUCUUGACUGACGAAGAGUAUGAUGUACUCGACGCCAGCGACCAAGAAUUCUUGGAGGCUAAACAGAAUAAUUCCCCUUGGCCAGCCACCAUGGGAGGCCUGUUGAAGCUCGCCAUCGUGGCUGUCCUGGUGGCCACGCUGUACCGCCCAGUGUCCUGGCGACUGACCAUGACAGGGAUUUUCAACAAGCCAGCCAAGAUGAUGCUUGUGGAGGGCCAGAAUCUGUUCAAGAUCGAGGAUACGAUACAUUGUGAAGAUCUGCAUCAUUAUAAGCCUGCCAACAAACUUUUUACCGCUUGCGAGGACUCGAUCGUGCCUCGUUUUGAAUGGUUCCCACCUCUUGCGCUUUUCAAGAAGCCUACCGAGACAACCGGUUCGAUCCAUGUUAUUGAUCCCAAGACGUUGAAAUCGACCCGACUCGCGUAUGAGAACUUCGGGGGCCCUUUUGUAACACACGGAAUCGAUGUCAUCCAAGACCCUAACCAGGUCGAUGCUGUUUACAUCCUUGCAGUCAACCAUCUUCCUAACCCUGAAUACUAUCAAGAUGUUCCCCGUGGAGGAGAUGUCCCCAAAGCCCGCUCUCAGGUCGAGCUUUUUCAUCAUGUCCUAGAGUCAGACAUGAUCAAACACGUUCGCUCCAUCCGUCAUCCGUUGAUCACAACGCCCAACGAUAUCUAUGCUGAGAGCUCGUCUUCUUUCUACGUUACAAAUGACCAUGUAUACCGCGAAGGCAUCAAACGUAAGGUCGAAGAUUAUAUCCCAUUAUCCACAUGGACCAACAUCAUCCAUGUCGAGAUGAACAGCCUGAGCUCCAUGGAUGCAGUGUCCGAUAUUGAUGCUUCAGUGGCCUUGACCGGUUUGUACAACAAUAAUGGUCUCGGACAUAACCCAUCAGGAGAGAUUAUCAUUACUUGCGCGAUGGGGGGUGCCUUUUACCGUGCGCAAUCAAACAGCAACAACCACACGAUCUCUAUCCUAGAGAAGAUUCCGCUGGACCAUGCGAUCGACAACCCUACCUACUACGAGGAUCCGUAUCGCACUGAGUCGCACGAUGCAAGUGGCUACUUAUUUGGUGGACUUGCACGACCUAUCGAUGUGGCCAAAACCGUCACUGAUCCGGCGGGAACGGAAUCAGUGAUGGUGUGGCAUGUACAGCCCAAUGGAACGGACGAAAAGGGGGUCACCAAGUGGAAAAGACGCCUGAUCUUUGAAGAUGAUGGGUCAACCAUCCGGGGCGCCAGUGCAGCUCUUCUGAUCCCGAUUGAGCCGCAGUCUGAGGGGGAGAAGAAAGCAAUGCUUUUCGUGACGGGAUUCUUGUCGGCAAGUAUGAUCGCAGCCGAGAUUGAUUUGUAG